GCCUGCAGUCCUUGUUUUCAAACAGUCGUCGAGGUUGAACGGGUGCCUCGCGUACGUUCGACGCGAUUCUUGAUCGACGCGAUCUCUUUUUCUCCGAUGGAUCAUCGUUUUUUAAAAACAAUCGCGAAACUUGUGAAGGAUGGACGGGAAUGAGAAGAAAAUCUUCUUCAAGUCGAUCCCUUCGAGGAAUCUCGUUCGACGUGUUGUUAAAUGUUUGAAUGUCAAAAAUUGUGACCUUGAAAAAUUCAAAGGAAAUUAUUAAUCGAGUGCCGGAAAGUCAAAAGUAAAAAAAGAAAAAAGUAAAGAGUCUCGAUCAGCGAUAUAGUUUCUCGCGUAUAAUCUUGUGAAUUUCUUUUUUCUUUUCUUUUUGAUUUCCUUUUUAAAUAUAGUCAAGAGAUAACCGUGGUCUAUAGAAGCUCGUGGUCUAUAGUUCGUAGAUCACACGAUCUCGUAAUACCAACGAACGAUACCGGUUAAUGUUGAUGUAUCGAAAGUGACAAGGUCGAACAUCGAUCUUUCGAUCUUCGUAUUGUCGGGAUCGUUCUACGUGUUUUUUCGAAGCCUUUCAAUCAGGACAUUUAUUACGGCAGUUAAUAAGAACCACAAGGCUUUUAUUAAAAUGAUAAAAUCGCGAGCUCCGUAAAAUUGACGAUUUCCGAGUCGUUGUAUUCACGAAUGAAAUUAUCCCUAAGAUUAAUCUCCAUUUUAUUGUGUGACCUUCGUUUCGUUAAUGAAGCACGAAUCAUAAAAACUAAGGUAAUAUACGAUUUUAUUUAAAGAAACAAAAAUUGUUUAAUUCGAAACGACCAACGAAAAGAGAAAUAAGAAAAAAAGGAAAGUAAAGAAUAAAAAGAAAAGAAAAGAAAAGAACAAAUGAAGUAAAAAGAAUUUCUCGAAGCUCGCCAACUUUUAUUGCGUAGAACGAAUCGUCAUCAAGCAUGCGAAAUUAAGUCGAGGAAGAACGUCUAGUGUAUCCCCACUAUCUGUGAUAGUGUGAAAGGUUGAUCGCUUGAUCCAAGGUUAUCUACGACAUUCGAAGACUACACGAACGUGCAACGAAGCCAACUUACGAGUAUUCGCUAGACCGAUAUUCAUCCAGUUGGACGUAAUUAUCGUUUUCAUGAUCUAAACGAGGUGAAAUGACAUUUUGACGUUACUAAAGAAAAAAAAAAAAGGAAGAAAAGAAAAAGAAAAAGAAAAAAAUCGAACUUCCUACGAAGCUCUACAGCUCGAUCGUUCGAAAGUAUCUCUCGAUUUAUAUUGGACAAACAUUAGAACAACAUCUUAAGAUUGUCAGUGUAAAUUACAAAAGUAUUUAAUUCACAAUGGGACGGAAACACAAGCGUCGUUUAAUACCAGAACAGGAUCGCAGGAUAUGCGGCAGCAUCUGCUUUUGCCAAUUCACCAUCGUCAUCAGUUGCGUGGCUUUGGUUUACCUCAGCGUUGCGAUUUAUAUGCCGUCGCACAGAGCUUUUCACGCAGGCAUAGAUCCCGAUCCGGUAAUGUGCCAAACGGUUAAUGCCACUCUAGUAAAUAACUGUAUAUGGGCGAGCUGCGGUGAAUGGUGUUUGACGAAAACUACCGGCUUUUGUCCCCAAAUUCACGCAACGGUCAGACAAAAUGGCACGGAUGUGAUCUUUGAAAAUUGCACCAAGUUCAAUAGCAUCUCUUGUCCUAAUGUGAACACGGAGAAUCUGAAGAAAUACAAUUGCAAUAAUGGCAGCGAGUGCAGCACGCUCUCGGGUGUAUUCAAUUGCAGUUUAGGACAUUGCGCGAAUAUGAGCGAAUUGAUGCUUUGUCAUCACAAAGCAGACGGUAUCGUUAUCGACAGCGAGAAGGACAAUAUGAAGCUUAAUGGCUUCUUCAGUUGCCAGAAUUCGAGAUGUACGAAAAUCAAGAGGCGAUUCUCGUGCGAUCGAUACUGCCCUAAGAUAAUCACCAACGAUAUCAACGUCUUUCUCAUGCAAGACGAUAACGUCAUCACGGCUAAGUGUUCUCGUGGCUUAGCACUGAACAAAGCUAAUGGAAAUUUGCCUGGUACGAGGCUGACCAAUCCCGUCAAGAUUUGGGAUGAAGAAAAUGGUAGCAUCAUUGCAAGUUGUCUAAUGGUUAGCAAAAAAGGAAACACUAUUAGAACGGAAGAUUGCGUUAACGGCACGUCUUUGAAUAAAAUCACGAUUCCCGAACACUACGUCAAUUUUACAAGUUUUCUCAAUAUUUACGAAGAAAGUCUUCAGUAUCCCGUCGAUCCAGAAAAUGUUUACGUGCCCGCCCAACGAUCGCUCACGAUUUACAACAAUUCACGUUUGUACAUCAACUUGGAGGGCUGCGUCAACACACUUAAGGGUGAGUGUCGUGAUUUCCUCACAAGUCACGGACGAGAUGGCGACAAUCAAACGGCUCAAAGUAGAUAUCCCUGUUAUUACAAUAAGAACAAUUCUAUCUUCGUUGUUGCACGUUUUGAUCUGAACAAGACAAAAACCGAGUUGCUCAUCGCUAUCAUCGUACCGUCGGGACUUUUCGUUAUCAGCUUGACGACCUUGAUUGUGAUAACUCGCUCGGUGCAAGUUGGCGAUGACGCUAAGAUGCGAUGUAGAUACUGCACAGAGAAGAACGAGGACGAGGGCGAGGACGAAGGGUUGGUUGAAGGUACACCUACUACUACUCCUCAAGAUCAUACCAAUGAGAAUGAGAUCAGAAGUAUGUCACUCUAGCAGUUUACACCGCUCGGCAUGAGCAAUUCCUUGAAAUACGAAAGAUUGCCGUUGAUCGACACGGACGAUGCCGAGGAUUCUUUUUAAAAGGAAAACUAAAUCAAAUAGAAAGGAAUCAACGAAACAUCGAAAUACGUUUAUAGACGAAAGAAAAAUAAACCGAAGUAAAUGAAAGAAAAAGAUUCGAACUAAGAUUACGGAUCUUUUAACACACAUCGUCUUCCCGACGCGAUAAUUCGAAUGAAAUUGAAUAAAAAAGAAAAGAAAAGAAAAGAAAGGAAAGGAAAAGAAAAGAAAAGAAAAGAUGAAAAUAAAAAGAUAUUAAAUGCAUACACAAAUAUACCCAUAUAGGGGCCAAACUAUAAUAUAUUUAACUGUAUAUUUAUAUACUGUGCAUUUAUUAUGAGAAAUAUUUAUAAUAAUUAGAUCACUGUUGCCUUCGAUGUAUCGUGACCAUCGCGUGUCAAACGUAAACCGAUCCGACAUUUUCUAAAAUAUUUAAAUGACACCCAUACUGCUCUAUCGUUCCUAUCGAUUAUUAUCGAUAUAUAAAAGGGAGGAUUAAAAUGAAGGAGUUAAAUUUACAUGAUCGGCUUUCGGUGACAAGCUUUCGGUGUAUGUACAAAAGUAGUUUUAGAGAAAGAUCUAUGUAUAUAUAAAUAUAUAUACAUACAUAUAUAUAUAUAUAUAUAUAUAUAUAUAUAUAUAAAAAGAAUGAAAGAGAUAAUAUAUUGUUAUGCGAAAUAAGGGAUAUUCAACGAAAAUUUUUUUCAACGCUCUAGCGUCAACGAAAAACGUAAGUAUCACCCUUUUGAAAGGAGUUCUUAUUUUUCGAGAACUUUCUUUAGAAUAAGCGUAUUUUACCUCGUCUGUGUAUAAUAUAUAAUUUCGUAUGUCAGUUCGACAGCUAAAACUGCCUUUGCGUGAAAGAAGAAAAACAAAAACGAAAGGAAAAAUUUUUUUAAAUAAAAAAAAAAUAUAAAACAAUGAAUAAGAAAAAUAAAGAAAUCUUUAACAUGAUCGAACGAUUAAACAAAAAUGAUAUAAUUUUUUUCACAAACGGAUAUUCUUCUAUAUAUGUAUUACUUAUAUAUCAUUAUCAUUAUUAUUAUUAUUAUUAUGCAAAGUAUCUAAAAAAUAAAGAGAUAUUUUAAGAUUUAAGUGAUUUCAGCACAUCUAAAUUAAAAAAACAAUGCAUACAAAAAUACGUUUUUAUCGUAAUAAUUAUUUUUUUGUUAAAUGGACGAAAUUCAAUGAAAUAAAAAAAAAAGUAGACAAAUUUUUCAGAAAAUCCAGCAAUGAAAAGAAGCAACAUCAGAACAUAUGAAAAGAUAGUUAUUAAUAAGAAAACGUACUCAGUAUCGUAUUCAAAAGCGAAAAGAUCAUUUCGUAUAUCUCUUGUAAACGUAAGCGAAUAAAAUCAAAUAGAUUUCUGUGAAUUAUUUUUAUUGUUUAGAUGCAUUGAAAUCAUUCUUAAAAUAUCUCCCGGUUAUUUUGUGACAUCCUGUAUAAUGAAAUGACGAAAGUAACGAAGACAAAAUUUUUCAUUGAUUCUUACGUUGCGUCAUACGAUUUCGAGAUUGUGACUUAAUUAUAGUUUGAAGAAAAUAAACGUUAUUAUUAUCAUAAUUCAAAGCAUUUACAUACGACGAGAAUUAUUCGAUAUAUCGUCGAUCGAUAGUCGACUUUCAAAAGUCUCAUUACGUUAAUUAAAAGCAAGAGGUACUUGCAUAGAACAUUAAGAAUUUGUGAGAAUAAUCGUAUGGAUAUAUGAUAGAAGAAUAUAGUGCUUUUUUUACGACCACUUAAUCGUCGUUUAUAUUACCUCUUUAAAAGGAAGCACUAGUUAUAUUCGAUUAUAUGUAUCAAUCAUACAUACAUAUAUAUAUAUAUAUAUAUAUAUAUAUAUAUAUAUAUGUAUGAUAUAUAAUCAUUUGAAAAUUAUAACGAAAGAAAAUAUUACAUUAAACAUACGAUCUAAUUACAUGUAAUAUCGAUUAGAAAUGUAUAUCAAUGUCAGCUUAUGUUUUACAUUUAACACGCUCGUCAUCGCAAUUUUUCAAUUAUACGUAUAAGAUAUUUCAUAAGAUUACAUAUAUAAAGAAUUUCGUUGGAUAUCUUCCGUGCUGAGCGAGCGUAAGAAAAAGAAAAAAUAAAAAAGAACAAAAAUAAUGAUGUAACGAGAGAAAGUUCUUCUUACCAGUAUAAAAAAAGAAAAAAAAAAAGAAAAAGAAAAGGAAAACAUACACGUAACAAGAUACAUUACAGAUCUCUAAAUUCACUGUUAAUCUAUGUGCCUUCUCUUCCGUUUAGAUGUUGAUCGUGAUCAAAAUUUCGCGAUCCUUUAGUUCAAAAAAUAUCCGAAUAAAAACAUGGCCACAUUAUGUAACUGUCUGAAAAAUGUUUCUAAUAAUAGAGGAACGUUAUAAAAUUGUAUGUGUUUUGUGUGAUAACGAUCUGUAAUAAAUGUAAUAUCGUAAAAAUUA